GUAAUGUUUCUAAGUUUUCUAAUAUCCAACAAGUUUAUCAACAUCACCACUGGUGCCAAAUCAAACAAAAUGUUACCUAUCUGUUUCACAGCUACGGACAAAAUGUUCAUGCAGAAUUAUAAAUCACAAGGCCCACCUAUCUUCGUGAUAAACAAAUCAAAAGGUUUCAAGAACAAUAGGAUGAACAGUGAAAUCCAGAGAAAAAGUCAGGACACUAUUCAUCAGAAGUCGAUUAGUGACAUGAACGAAAUCCAGAGACAACGUAAGCACCUCAUUCAGCAGAUCUGUGCAAAAAUGAAAUGGAAUACCACAUACUAUCAUGAACCUGAUAAAAACCGAAAGAUAAUCAUCAUUGACAAAUAUCAUUUUCAGUAUUGUAGAAUUCCCAAAAUAGGCAACACUAGUUGGAAACGGAUUAUUUUAACUCUGUUAGGAGUUAUUGAUAACACAGAUUCAGAAAUUAGCUUCAGGAAAAUUCAUUGUCACGAGUAUCCUACCAUCUCUCUGAUGGAACCUAACAAAAAUUACACUUCAUUUUUAUUUGUCCGUCAUCCCUUUCAACGAAUAUUAUCUGCAUACAAGGAUAAAAUUCUAAAAUCAUUUGAGGGGGAUUUUCAGAUAACAAGACGGCAAAUAUUAUCAGAAUAUCGUCAAAAUGUGACUGACGAAAACAGUGGAGCUGAUGUAUCAUUCCCUGAAUUUGUGAAAUUUCUAGUAAAUCUCAAAGGCAAUUUAAAUGCUCAUUGGGAUUUCCAGCAUACACACUGUGCUGUAUGUGAACUAUCGUAUGAUUUUAUUGGUCACUUUGAAAAUCUUGUAGAAGAAUCAAACUACCUUCUUCAUUUACUUGGGAUUAAUACAAUCGUUUUUCCGAAACAUGAAUAUAGUUACCAUGUUACCAAUAGCUCUGAAAAAGACAUUUAUUUGAACUACUUCUCGCAAGUUUCAUCAGAAGACAUCCUUAAACUAUAUGAAUUCUAUAAAAUGGACUUUGAACUGUUUGGAUAUUCUUUUCCACAAGAGCUAUUUUAG